ACUCGUCUUAUGUCUGGUGGUUUCUAACCUAUUGGAACUGAUUGCUAUUGUCAGUCGUCAGUGAUUGAUUAAUUGUGGAUAAUGAAGAACAACAAGAAAGAUUUGGGUGGGAAUAAAGUAACGAAAAAUAAGAAGGGCGAGAAUAAUGAGCAAACUAAGAAACCGUUCGACAAAAAAACCUACAGGUUGAAAAAGUAUAGCAACAAAUACAAAGUUGACCAAUGGGAGGAUCGCAGAAAGAAGGCUGUUCUCAGACGGUAUUACAAAGAUGUGCAAAAAGAUAAAAAGAACGCAGCACAUAUCAAGACGGAAUCAAAAGACAACGAAACAGAGACUAGCAAUCCGCAACCCAAAGAAAAUGCCUUUCACGCGGCUAAGAUUGAAUAUUUGAAAAAAAAGGAAGAAAAAAAGAACAGAAGAGAAGAAGCUCAACGUAAAAAAGAAGAAAAAAUCGAAGCCCUGAAAAAAUAUAGGGAAGAAAAAACAUUAAAGUACAAAAAGUUGUCGAAGAAAACGAAAAAAGGUCAACCCGUCAUGAAAGAUAGGCUGGAGAUGUUACUGGAAAAAAUUCAACAAACUAGUUGAAUGAAUCACGACACGUCUCCUCCUGAAUCUACAAAACUCAUUCAUACUGUAAAUACCCGCCCAUUGUUGUAUGAUUAAUAAUUUUUUGUAACAAUAAAAUAAUUGGACAAUAAAUUGACAUCUUUGAACUACUUGUGAAUAAUU